AUGUCGAAGCAACAUCAAGACAAUGCAGGUUGGAUGUGCGGCAAUUGCAAGAAGCUCCGUGCCAAGAACGCCUGGUUUUGCGAUCUUUGUGGAUGUGCAUGGGAAGAUUGCAUCAUCUACCCCAAGAAGAAAACGACGUAUGCACGGUUUUCCUCGAGGAGAUCCUACUGGACAGAACCAGAUCAUGCUCCUUGGACAGGAGAUUCAGGUGGGAAGAGUCCUCGACAAAGCCCAAGGACGAAGAACACCCAGAAGAAUCGUGGCAAGGGCAGAGGGAAGUCAAAACAGCAGCCUUUGACGCCUCCACCGCCGCCACCAAUUGCAGGUCCAGAAGGUCAGCAGCCUCCAUGGAUGAGCAUGCCCUUACCGCCGGGUGCAUCGUCUUCUACCGCUUCAGCAACGACUCAGUCAUUAGCGGAGCAGAAGUUGAAAGAUGUUGCAUCAAUGCUCAAGAAGGCCAACCCAGAGACGCUGACCCCAGAGCUGCAGCAUUUCGUCGCGGAGGAGACCAAAGCUGCGACAAAGAAGGAUGCAAAGACAUUAUACACUGCUGUGGACGAGCUGACAAAAGCUCGAGAAGCUCUGGACACGGCACUCCUGGCGCGCAGCAACUUGAUGGCACAGUGGCGAGCCUUUUUGACGAUGUCACUGGAGAGAUUUCGUCAAUACACGGAUCACUUCCAACAACAAGAGCUUGCCCACCAAGGGAACAUCAAGGCCGCGAAGGAGGCCCUCCAGAAAGCCAAGUCAGACUUCAGUACGAAGGAAGAGGAGGCCACGAUCAUCUCCGACGAAGAUGGGCAAUCCAGGGAAGAUUCCACCAAGGAGUCAGCGCACAAGAUCUUGGAAGGCCUCAAUCACAUGACCGAGAGCUUACAGAAACUCUCAGAGCAAGCCGAGAAGGAACACACAGAGGAGGAAGAAAGAAAGGCCAAGCGGCCGCGUCAAAAGGAGGCAGAGGCAGUCGACGCACCCAUGAAAACCGAAGGCUUGCCGUCUAUGCAGCCUUUUGGUGUGGCUGGUAUGCAAUGGGCACAUUCCAUUCUAUGGGAUCCCAGCUACAAAUCUCCUUGGCAAGCCAGCGAAGAUGCUAUGCAACUUGCCUUUGAGAUGCAGCCCCUCAGUUUCCUUGAACAAUGCGAGCGACGAGAUUGGGGUUUCUCUUCAUCGCACAGGCCAGACCUGGAUGAAAAUCCAAAUCUACCUGAUCCACCCAGCUCGUCAGAUGACGCUCAGGGGCAUGAUGGACCACGACGCACUCCACUCCGGCUUCUGCCUGCCUGGGUUGAGUCUCUUUGGAACAUCCUGCAAGACGAAGGUGCUACCGAGCUUCUCGAAGAAGGGCCGGUCAUUUACCUGAGCACUUUCUACCUCAGCCAUCGCAAUUGCAUUAGACAGGCUGUCAGCCGCCCAAUCCGCCUCACCAGACAAUAUGAAAGGUGGAUUGACGAGUUCAAAUUGGUUUGGGGUGACCUUUUUGACCAAGAUGCAAGCUUUAGUCUGUACCUCGUUCAGCCGGAGCCUCCGAUUUCAAUAACAAGAGGUAUCGUUGGUAUAGUGCUCAUCGUUCAGCAUGAAGAACCUGAGGGAGCCGCCAUUCUCACAACGGCGCUGUUCGAUGAACUUCCCACACCGCGAACACUUGAGAUUGCACAUGUUCUGAACAUCUGGACAGACUUCACCACUCUUUUGCAUCGAGCUGAAGCUUACGAUGCUUGUGUUGAAGCUCAGCGACAAGGCUUGCAACCUUGUGUUCUACGUGCAGGGCCACACGUAUUUCCUCGUGAACGACCGAUCCGAAUUACAGACGGUCUUGGACUUGUCAUUGACGUACUCCUGCUCAUUCAUGAAGAAGCCUGGGAAACGUACGUUCGCCCACGAAUUGAACAAUGGCCUGAAUUUGUGCGUCAAGCACCACAAGAGAUUCAAGAUGACACAGAUCACGUGACACUUAUGGCACGUCGCCCGCAAGUUCGAGGCCCUUCAUCAUCGAGUUCUACCUCAAGGACCUCCGAGGCAGCAGCCAAUUCACCUAGACUUACAACCUGGCGCAGAACGGUCAUCAUAGUUCUUGAUGGACCUACAGUCUCAAGCCCAUUGCCUGAAGAAUCUGGACCUGAACAACUGCGCAGAAUUGAAGUCGCACUAUCAGUUCAGCAGGGUGAAGUAGCCUCGACUUUCAUUGUCUCUGAGAAGCCAGAAGACUUGAUUGCUGUCGAUCUGGACUGUAUGCUUGUUCUCACAGCCCAACAACGACGGCCAAUUCCAUUUUUGCGUCUGACGCUCUUGGAUGUUGAGAUCAUUGAGGAGAACGACAUACUGCCUGGCAUUUUUCAACGUUCUGCAAAGUGGUUGCCGCACACAACCACGAGACUCUCACUUUUCAGGGUUUUGUCACUUGAGAAUUUGCUCCUACUCCAUGAUGACAAGACGCACCUAUGGAUCAAUAAUGCUCUCAUUGAUCCAUCACCUGAUAGGGCUCUCACCAUUGAAGACGGUGAUUAUGUCAAGAUUUUCAUUGGCGAUGAUGAGCACCGCUUUCACUGUGACGGAGCACAAGAUGCCAUGACAAUGCUGCAAACUGCCAUUGCAACAGUCUCAUCACAGUUCCAAGACCAAGGGUCUCGAGUUCUUCCACUUGAAGACCGCCAGAGCAAGCGCCAACCGUCUGCACACUGUGAUCCUGCAACCGAUGACAAGCCUGGACCUUUAGAAGUCCCUGAUGCUGUAUCCUGCAGUUUUACAGAUGAAUUUCUGAGGGCCGUCGACGCUUUGCGCACGGCUACUGACGCCAUGCCUGAGUUCCUUGAGGACGAUCCUGGUGACAUCACCGCCUACGAUCCAUGGGUCCAACAAUUGCAUGAAGCAUGGACGCGGCUAGCAGUAGUUGGGCCAGGCGGCAUGGAACGACUUGGUCGAGUAGAAACUUGGUUCACCGACCAUGCGAAUUUUCAAAGGUGCCAUCACACCAGGAUAGCGGUCUUAGGCAUGCCCCUUGAGUUCCACGUUGUAGAGCCGACACCAGAGGACGCGACUGGGCAAAUCAUUGCCCAGCUCAUCCUUGUGCAAAGACCCCAUGUGUAUCAACGCUCGGUCGUGAUCUCAACCUAUGACAACAUGUACGACCAAGGACGCGCACAUUCAACUGCGGUAGUCAUGGGCACCAGGGUUGACCUGUUCGCUGUGUGCACUAUGAUGCAGGCGCAUGAAGAUUGUCCUCCUGAAGCACCUGAGAACAUCUGUACCCUCUGGCAUGGGUCACGCCUCCUUGAACCACGAGAACGAGUAUAUGCUCGGCAUGGCACCGCUUUCAAGUUGGUCAUUCAGCGCGUACCCAAUUCAGACCUGACCUCACCAGUCAGCACCAAUCUUCAGACAAGAGCUGAUGCAAUUGAUGCUAGGAUCUAUUCUGCAUCUCAACAGCGCUCUACAGACAGUUUGCCCUUGUGGGCACAGACUUUACAUCGUGUGUUUCAGGAUCUUGCAGAGACUGAACGUGAAGAUGAGGGGCCGGUGGCAUACGUCGCAACAUGGUAUCUUCAUGCAUCCUAUGCUCCUAGAUGUGAACCAGGUCGCAUAGUACGUCUGCGUGAUGAUCCCAACAACUGGCAGCGAACCCUCCUUGAAGCAUGGGGCGAUCGCAGAGACUCAAGUCGGCCAGCCAGCCUUUUUUGGGUUUCCCCUGCACCGCCUACCUCACUGACGGAUCAUGUCCUCGGCCAUGUUCUGAUUGUUCAAGAACUACCCGCACACUCGGUAGCAACCUUGCUUACUGCCAGAGUGCGAGACCAUGAAGGACAAGCACUGCACCGAGUCGCUGUCUGCAUUCCUCAAGCCUCAACAGCUGAGGAUAUCGUUGCAGCCUUCCCAAUUCCAGGACCCCUUUUGAGGUUUCCAAGACGUGUUGGCAGGGGACGGACUUACUUCAGUCCAGCCGUCCCCUCGCAGUUUGCAUCCGGCGAAGGUCUUGUCAUUGACAUUAUGGACCCAUCGCCAGCACCUGAUGGCAGACCCGAGGACGACGGCACCAACCUGUUGCAAUUGCGAGCGUCACGCUCCAGCAAAGAGGAUGGCAACCGCCCCAAUGCAGCACAAGCCGAAACGGCAAGAAGGUGCCUAACAGUUGGGCAGGUGGCUCACACCCAACGACCUUCUUCGCAGGACAGCCCCUUUCAAGUGAAUCUUGACAGGAGCAUUCCAGCGCCGCCACUAGUGCGCGUUGAUUUUUCUGCGGUGCAUACCAUUGCCAAUAUCAUCAAUGCAUCAACAAAUGAAUUUUCACAAGAUUGGCCGAUCAACUUUGAAAUUCCGUCAAUCACAAUUGCUGCAUUUGAAGAUCUUGUUUCCAACCCCAAUGUAGCUCCGGUCGCAUACCAUCUUUACACUGAUGGUUCCAAAAUCCCAGAUUGCGCCGUUGGCGCUGGCAUCGUUCUCCUCCUAGAACAUCAGCAAGGGCUCUCUUUUGGUGGCGCACUCAGCAAGGUGAUCGCAACUGAAGGACAUGCUGGUGUUGGAGAGAACGGCGCUGUUAUUUGGGCUUUACUUUGGGCGCUCCAACUCAGCAACUAUGCUUGGGAAACUUUUGGAGUAUUUGAUGUCCACUUCUACUUUCACUUCGAUGCAGUGAAUGCGGGCUAUCUUGCGGGUGGCUACAACCGAACAAAGCAAUUCCCGCAGCACAGAACAUUGAUGCGCAGCCUUGCACAUGUUCUCCAAGGGAGACACGGUCUCUCACGGAUGCACUGGCGACACGUAAAGGCCCAUGCAGGCAACCCAUGGAAUGAGUUUGCCGACGCCCUUGCCAAGUAUGCUUCUCAACAUCCUGACCGAGUAUCCCACAGCGAACUCUGGCAUGCUUGGUUAGAAGACCCAGAAUCUCUUCUGGCUAUCCAGUGGGUAUGGUACUUGGAGCAGAUGAGCGCAGAGAGCUGGCUUUUUGAGAUGCGAGAUGACCUGGAUUGGUUGGGAGCAUUCCGGCAACUGCCCUUUGAGCUCCCUCAUGCACUUCUUCAGAAUUAUGAGGAGGGCGUCCAUGACUAUGCAUGGUGGCAGCCUGAUCUUGCCACUCCGCUGGUCACCAAAUGCUUUGCCCAGUUUGAAGCAUGCCUCCAACAAUGGAUGCUAUACCCUACGGAGGAAGCAUUUCACAAUGACUUCUUCAAUCUGCUCUUCAACUUUGACAUCCCGGAGUUUCAAGCGGCAAGGAUCUUCAUCGCCUGGAUUGAGACCGAGUUCCAAGAUUUGCACUCAGCCUGCGAUCCAGCGCUCUAUGAUAUCCUGGAACGCAGCCAUAUGUCCAUGCUUGAGGACAUCCAUAUCUGGCAAUUGCGUGCACGCCGCAAACACUUGAUGCAAUGCUGGGACAGACUUGAGCAAGGUGAGCCCAAGCCUGCAAGGGCACCGAAGAAGCACCCCAUACCUCAUCAACGUAGCCAUCAAGUUCAGUCUACGUACAGAGCAAUGCCUUUCGCGGAAGCAGACCGGCGUCAAUGGGUAGUCCUUCACCCCCCGAAGAUCGUCAAGACGCUUGGAGCAGGACCCUAUUACGUCGUCCAUCUUUAUUCUGGGAGGCGCCGAGAUGGAGAUUUUCAUCACUUCAUGCAGAAGUUCUUGGAGGAUGGCCCCCGGCUGAUCUCGCAAUCAGUGCUGGUGAUCUCCAUUGACACGGCCAUCGAUGAGACCAUGAACGUCCACGAUGUGAAGCUAUGGGCCUUCUUGUUGGAGGCUGCGCGGAAUGGGCAGAUUCUUGCUCUCCUACUUGGACCACCUUGUGAAACUUGGAGUGGAGCCAGGUUCGAGGAGCAAAUUGAUGAGGAAGGCAAACCUAUCAAGGGCCCCCGGCCAUUGCGAGGCGCACCAGAUCUUCCUUGGGGCCUUGAACAACUCAGCCUCAAGGCUCCGAUGACACAUUCCGGAGUCCCGGCAUAUGUACAGGAAUUGGCAAUGAUCUCGGCCUGCGUGGAUCGCGACCGUACGAUCAUGCCUGACUACCAGCGACAAGGCCUGGGAACCCGAAUCUUCCCACGCCAUGCGCCAUGGAAUCCUUCGCAUUCCGUGCUGCAGGAAAUGGAGAAUCGCAUCCGCCGCUUGGCUGGCUGCGAUAGACAACAAAGUGUGACGGCAGAAGAGCCGAUUUUUGAAAAGAAGGAAGUUGCUGAUAGUGUGGAGGUCCGCUUUCCCAAAGUUGAUUCCAAAGGGGAAUUUAUCAGCCAGACUUCACGAGAAUUUGGUGUGAAGAAGUUCAUGGCCCCAGGCCGCACUAAGGCCGAGGCUGAUGCAGCAGCUCUCGAGGCUGCGAAGGCCUUCCGCACAAAGCUGGUCGAGAAGGGCAUCCUCAGAGAGCCCAGGCUGAAGGACCCCAACUUCACCAGCGAAGUCCUUGGGGUUUGUUGUAACAAGAAAGCAGAAAAGUGGAGAGUGCAGGUGGCCCUGAAUUCAAGAAAACGAAUGACAACGGCUGAGGGCAAGGCUCUUGAGCUUCGGGAGAAGCAUGGCCUGCGGCGCCAGGUGAAGCCUGUGCCUACGCUGGCAAACUUGCCGGUGUUCCACCCCAAGUUGCCAUACCCGGGGGUGGUGUGGAACCUGCGAGAGCAACAAUGGCAUGCCCAAUGCCAAGUUGGUGGAGCCCAUCGAAAUUUCAGGGUGAAGCCCAAGGACCACUCGGAGGCGGAGCUGGAGCGCUCCUUCAAGGUGGCAGUCGCGUGGAAGAAAAAACAGGAGAAGGAGAAGCAAGAGAUGGCGGUGAAGCCAAAGGCGAAGCCUCCGAAGACAAAGCGUAGGUGA